AUGUCUACAACAACAACUGUGCAAGAGACAAUCACCCUCAAUCAGCCCAAGGGCCGAAUGGCCCUUGAUGGAAAGCCAACCAACUACGGCGACUUCCGCGAUGCUCUGAACCGAGACGGCUACGCCGUGGUCAAGGGUGCUAUUCCCUUAGAGCGGGCCAAGAAAUACGCAGAUUCUUUCUAUGGCUAUCUGGAGGGCUUUGACUUGGGGUACAAGCGCGAUGACCCCUUCACCGUGAAGCGGGCUAAGCUUCCUGUGAUCAACGAAAAGGGUAUGAUUCUUAGCUAUGGUGUUACCCAUGAGAAGUGGGUCUGGGAUAUCCGAUCAGAGCCUGGUGUAGUGGAGGCUUUUGAGAAGGUAUAUGACGAUUCGGACUUGAUUGUGUCUUUUGAUGUCGUCAAUGUCCAGUUCCCGGGGUAA